UACACGUUUACACAUAGCAUUUCCGCAGGUAGACGUAGAACAUUGGCACUACAUGAAUGUAGAACUAGACCGAGGAGGUGCCUGAGGCGUUCGGACGUAGUUUAGAAAGUACGUUAAAACUGCAUCGCCGGUGAGACUGUAGUCGGUUCGGAUGUAGGCGGGAUCUUUCAUCUACGUAUUGUUUGCAAGUCGUAUCUGGUCUUGUUAAUAUCUUAGUGACUGCAUGGUUUCACGCCUCUACUAAGCAGUGUCGCCCGUGUUGCCAGCUCGAAGUUCUUCGACCUAGCGUGGAUUUUUUCAGGUUGCCAACAAGUUCUGUGUCGUCAGUUCUACAAUCAUGGCGUCGAGACUACCACAUCAAGACGACGUCAAGUCGGCCCCAGACCUCGAAGACGUCGAUCUUACAGUCGAGCACAAAGCUAAGGAGAAAGUCGCCAGUAUGGACGACGAACCCAGCAUGCUUCUUAAAGUGGCGAAGCUCCUCCUGGCCAUCUUUAUCGGGCUAGUCGUCUUGGCAUGCCUCACUGCUAGCAAGGUGUCCACCAUCUCUUUAGCCGAGUGCCUGUCUGAUGCGCGAUUCAACAGAAGCCGUGUACAAGCACCUACUAACUCGCCAGUAACAGUAACGGCUGUUCCUGUCACCGUACCCACAACUUCGCGGCCUAUACGGAUCUUUGACCCGUGUGAUGACGAGCCGCCGGAGCCCAUAGUGAACAUGUUACUCCUGGUCCUGAUGAUUCCGUACGGACUGAUUUUCCUGCGAUGUUUUUGGAUCACCGGCUUCAGUGUGUCGUUUCCAUGGCCUUCUUUGCUGGCUCUGGGAGUUGGCUUCAUAGCAAGUGUAGCAGAGGUGUUCGCGCUGUGUCUGAUGGUGAUAGAAGCGUUGUCCACAACACGCAGCGCUCUCGGUAUCCUGCUCAUGAACAGCAUCUACAUCGUUCAAAUAGUCUUCCAACUUGUCUUCGAGGUGUACAAAUUCAUCCGUCCGAAAGAAGAUCGACCCGCGUCUUGGAAAUGGCUACUUGCCUUCCUGGUGUCGACGAUACUGGCAAUAGGGUCCUUCGGUGUUAUUGUGUAUUUCACGGCCGAUUUAGACCAGAACUCCGGCUGGAAGGUUCCUCUGUCCGUGUUGCUACUCUCCCUAGCCUGGGCGCCCGUCGUGCAAAAACUACAGACACGAAGAUGGGACGCCACCGAAGAGGGAGACGAAGAAUCCCGAAAAGACCCGAACGAAGCCGACGACGACAACGACGACGAAGAAGAGGACAAGGAGAAGAAGUUCCAGAGGACCAGGCCGGAUAAAGACGCCCGCUGGAGGUCUGGGAUGAUCACAAGCUUCUUGAAACUACUUCUAACGCCUGCAGUGGUGACGCUGUACGUUUACACAUUCAAGAUAGGCAAGGCAGAGGUAAUGUGGAGCUGGACUGCGUGGUCACAGAUUAACAUGUCCCACCCUGCCAUAAACUCAUUCCUGGUCAACAUCUUCACCAGUUUUGGGGCCUACGUCUUCUGCAUGUUCGCCUGCAGCAUCUGUAUCUACCACGUGGGCUUUGCCGUGCCGCUACUUCUUUCCACGGUUUUUGCCUACCUGUUCGCCUUCAUUGUUCCCAUCUGUGAAGUAUUCAUACCUACUGAGGCGUGCAUAGCGGACACUGCAAGCUACGCUUGGGGCAUUCCGGCAGCAGUGUGCCUGUUCCUGGCACAGCUGAUCUCCAUCUGGAGUUUCCUAGCUAGGAGCCCGACAAACGUUCUAGAGAAAGAUUCUAAGAUUUUCUGGUUGCCAGGAUACAACAACAUCUUCCUGGAACAGUGGCUGAUCCUCAGCAGAAAGACCCGCUACAACAACAAGAAACAGUUCAAGGAACGGACCAAGAUUGUCAAGAACGCAUGCGUGUACAUCUGCAGUACCAUGUACCACGAAUCUGAAGAAGAAAUGGAGCAGCUUCUCCUGUCCCUGAGAGGGAUCGCAAAUGAUCUUCAAGACGAGGCGAAGCGCCAUUUUGAAGCUCAUGUCUUCUUCGACGGUGGCUGCAAGCAGGGGCAGCCUUCAAGAUGGGCACUACAGCUGUUAUCAUUGGUGGACAAGACAAUGAGGACAUCUUCCAGUAAGUGUCGUAAACCAAUAGCACGGCUUCUGCUAUGGAACAUUGUUGUAGAUACUUCCAUAUAUGUUUGCCUGCUGCUCAAGCAGUUUUAG